UGUUUAUGUUUCAAAUUUCAGGUUAUGUUUAUCAUUGUCACAUUUUGUCGCAAAUAUUUAUUUUAAUUUUAUUUUGUGUUACUGUCUUCACGUUGCUAGUAUCUGAUAUAGAAAUAAAAAAUGGAAGUAGAUUCUGAACAAUAUUUCUCGAGCUACGAAGACUUGGAUAUACACAAGUUAAUGCUUGAAGAUGAACCGAGAACUUUAGCUUAUAAGAAUGCAAUUUUAAACAACAAAGAAUACUUCAAAGACAAAAUUGUUAUGGAUGUUGGUUGUGGCACUGGCAUUUUGUCAAUAUUCUGUGCUCAGGCUGGCGCGAAAAAAGUAUUUGCUGUAGAAGCCAGCAAUUUAGCGAACUUAGCUAAAGAAAUAGUGAAGGAAAAUAAUUUUGAAAAUGUUAUUGAAGUAAUCCACAGUAGAGUAGAAGAUGUAGAACUACCAAACUACAUGAAGGUAGAUGCUAUAGUAUCAGAGUGGAUGGGGUUCUACCUACUCCACGAGGGUAUGCUGGACUCCGUCCUGUACGCUAGAGACAGGUUCCUCAAGGAUGGAGGGGAAAUAUUCCCUGAGAGUGCUGCUAUUUAUAUUGCACCAUGUAGUGUGCCCUCUAUGUACAACCAAUGGGACAAUGUAUAUGGAGUGUCAAUGAAGUCUUUCUCCAAAGAGCUCCGAGCUAGUAAAGGCAGCAAGCCAGAAAUCUUAACAAUAAAGCCGGAAGAUCUACUGGGCACUGAAGUGGCACUCUGUUGGGUCAAUCUGAGAGAAGAUGAGUCACAUGACUUAAAUUCUUACAGCAUAGAACAUGUUGUUGGUGCAAGCAAGAACGGUUUCUACCAAGGCCUCUGCAUAUGGUUCGAGUGUAAUUUCCCCGAGCUUCCAAAUAGUACAGGAGACAGUCGCACGGUUCUGGACACAAGUCCACAGAGCCCGGCUACUCAUUGGAAGCAGACCGUCAUAGUGUUGCCGGAUCAGCUCGAAGUGGAGGAAGGGGAACCUAUUGCCUUCCAGUUGGAAAUGACUAGAGCUGAUGCUACUAGUAGAAGAUACAACCUCCUAAUGACGAUGUUGGAUCCCGAAACGAUAGAGCACCCUCUUCCCUGCUCCUGCCACAUGACCACUUGUAUAUUAGCCAAAACCUUUAUGAAGCAACAGGCUGAACACGCCAUUGCUCAAAAGAAAGAAGAAGAAGCGUCUGUUCUAGUUGACGAAGAGAUUAACGACGAUGAUGAUGAUUAAACAAAAACUAAUUAUAAUA